CUACAACAAUCAUCUUGAACAGUUUCCCAUAUUCUCUUGUAUAAAGGGGAUAAAAUAUUAGAAUUUGGCCAAAGCCAUCCUGCUAUUGCCAAACCUCCAUUUUAACUUCGACUCAAAGCUCGAUUUUAGCGCCACAUCAACCCAGCGGACAAUAAAAAAAAUUGUGAAGACGCUCCUAAUGUUAUAUGAUUUAUGAAUUAACACAAAUAACAAUUAAACAUCUCAAAAUAAACAACAAAAGAGUAAAAAUGCCAACAGAUUUUUAUAUUCGAUAUUAUGUUGGCCACAAGGGAAAAUUUGGUCAUGAGUUUUUAGAAUUUGAAUUUAGGCCUGAUGGUAAAUUAAGGUAUGCGAACAAUUCUAAUUAUAAAAAUGAUACAAUGAUUCGUAAGGAAGCUUAUGUUCACCAAUGUGUUAUGGAAGAAUUAAAACGAAUAAUUGAAGAUUCUGAAAUUAUGCAAGAAGAUGAUUCAUUGUGGCCUCAACCUGAUAGAGUUGGUCGCCAAGAAUUAGAAAUUGUUAUAGGAGAUGAACAUAUAUCAUUUACGACAUCAAAAACUGGAUCUCUAGUAGAUGUCAAUCAAUCAAGAGAUCCGGAAGGAUUACGAUGUUUUUACUUUCUUGUUCAAGAUUUAAAAUGUUUUGUAUUUUCUUUAAUUGGAUUACAUUUCAAAAUUAAACCUAUAUAAAUUAU